UUCCUCCUUUUACACACCACUGUUCAGCACAGCAUUUGGGUUGUAGGAGUAGCCCACAAAGUGAAAAUGGAAAGAGCGAAAACUGAACGGGGCUGUGUCCUGUAAUUGCCUAUUCACGUUGUAAGAGGAAAACAUUGCGGGGAAUGACAAUCGAUUCUUAUUAGAACGCUCCAACAACACCUAUUCAGCGACGAGCAGCAAAGUCAACGUAACAUUUUCAGAAAUACAAUGGCAGCGACCUAGAUCAACUUUUGGACUUGCUUUCUAAAAGGAUCAAAGAGGGGGCCUUGCAACUUUUGAAACUUGUUGGAUACGGUGAGGCAAGGACGCAAACAUGAAGAAACAGUUUAAUCGCAUGAAACAGCUCGCCAACCAAACAGUUGGAAGAGCCGAGAAGACUGAGGUGCUGAGUGAUGACCUUCUACAGAUCGAGAGGCGCAUGGAGCUGGUCCGUCUGGUGUCCCACAACGCACACAAGAGACUGGUCACCUGUCUACAGGGUCACAUCGGAACGGAGGCAGAAAAGAGACACAAAAAGCUCCCUCUGACAGCACUGUCCCAGGCCAUGCAGGAUGGAGGAAGCCAGCUGGGGGAGGAGUCACUGAUUGGUAAGAUGAUGGAUGUAUGUGGGGAGGCAGAGAGCAGACUAGCGUCUGAGCUGAUGCAACACGAGGUCCAGCUAGAGAGAGACAUCCUGGAACCUCUCAACCAGCUAGCAGAGGUGGACAUUCCCAACAUCCUGAGACAGAGGAAACAGCUGGCUAAGCUAGUCCUAGACUAUGACUCAGCCAGGGCCAGGUGGUUGCAGGCAAGCAAGUCUAUUCACUUUUCCACCAACUACCAGGCCACAGCCGCCAAGGUUGAGACUCUCAAAGACGAGAUGGACGAGGCCCUGAACAAAGUGGAGAUGUGUAAGGACCAGCUGUCUGCUGACAUGUAUAACUUCUCCUCCAAGGAGGGCGACUACGCCCGAUACUAUGUUAUUUUGGUAGAGGCCCAGGCUGACUACCACAGGAGGUCUCUGGCUGCUCUGGAAGGAGUCCUGCCGACCAUACAGGCACAGAACGACUCAUGGAUGGAGAAGCCUGCGUACGGCACGGCUCUGGAAGAGCACCUGAAGAGGAGUAACCGUGAGAUCGCCCUGCCCUUAGAGGCCUGUGUCAUGAUGCUGCUGGAGACUGGCAUGAAGGAGGAGGGUCUGUUCCGAAUCACUGCUGGGGCCUCCAAACUAAAGAAGCUGAAGGCAGCGCUGGACUGUUCCACCUCCCAGUUAGAGGAGUUUUACUCCGACCCCCAUGCUGUAGCUGGAGCCCUGAAGUCCUACCUCAGAGAGCUGCCUGAACCCCUUUUGACCUUCUCACUGUAUGAUGAGUGGACACAAGCCUCCAAUAUGUCUGACCCAGACAGGAGGCUUCAGGCUUUGUGGGUGGCAUGUGACGGUUUGCCAAAGAACCACAAGGCCAACUUCAGGUAUCUGGUAAAGUUCCUAGCCAAGCUGGCCCAGGACAGUGAGGUGAAUAAGAUGACUCCCAGUAACAUCGCCAUAGUGCUGGGACCCAACCUGCUCUGGUCCAAGACUGAGGGGACUCUGGCAGAGAUGGCUGCUGCUACCUCGGUCCAUGUGGUGGCCAUCAUAGAACCCAUCAUCCAGCACGCUGACUGGUUCUUCCCAGAUGACGUGGACUUUAACGUGUCGGGUAUGUUCGUGGCCAUGACCCCUGAACCUGACCCAGGCCCUUUCGAGAGGCGACGUCCCGGAAGCCUGGUGGACGGGGACACUCCCCGCAAAGACAGCCCCACUCCUAACAAACUGGGUGACCCCACCCCCACCCCACGUAGAUCUGCCACUCUAAAUAGAAAACAGCACCAUCAUGCUUCUUCGCCCGCCUUCCAGCCCCCUCUACCACCGCCAGAGGCUGGAGGAGUCACCCAGACCCAGCCUGUGGCUGAGCCCCAGACCCAGGAGCAAACUCUGUGUGGGAGUACGGAGGCUGGCCAGCCUGGCCUGGCUAGGGAGGGUGGGGGUCAGGGUGGGGCACCAGAGGUCCAGGUGGCCACAGGGCAGCAGCCUCUGCCUCUUACCCAGCACAGCGCUGAGGAGAAUAGCCCUGGCCAUGACCCCACCACCACCCCCGCUCCCCUGAGGAACGGGGGCUCCCAGCUCACCGUGGGGAUGCCCCACUCCCAGGCAGGAUGCAGGGGUCCUAGCCCCCACAUUGGACGCAGAGGUACUAAGAAGCAAGCCCCUGCCCCACCCAAACAGGCCAACCCCUUUGUAGCUAAUAUCUCUACCCUUGGCCACAGUCUCGCGCCUAACAACCCCUACCCCCUCAUCGCUCCACGACGCCACUCUGGUAAAGAAACCCCCAUCCACGCCCCCAGCCACCCGCCCCCACAGCCCCCUCAGUCUCAGGGGGAGUCAGACCCCUCUCCGCCCCACACCCCCACACCCCCUAGCACCCCUCCUCACGAUGGUCCAACCUCCACCCCCUUCACCCCUCUAUCCUCCUUCCACUCUGGCUCCCUCCCUCGCCCCCACCAGGCCGGCUCCGAAGCCACGUUCCCGACCUACAGUUCCCCCGCCCCGUCAGCCGCCCAGCAAUGAUGACAGCAACGGGCCCAGCGGCUCUGCCUCCAAGGUCAUCACCGGUAAAGUUACAGUCCAUCCUUUCCCAAUCCAAACUACUCAUGACUAUAACGGAUA